CACGCGGGGCGCCAGUGUAUUCAAAAUGGCGGGUGUUUUAUUCGAGGACAUUUUCGACGUAAAAGACAUCGAUCCCGAAGGAAAAAAGUUCGACAGAGUGAGCCGCCUCCACUGCGAGAGCGAGUCCUUCAAGAUGGACCUCAUCCUAGACGUGAACACCAUGCUGUACCCUGUGGACCUGGGUGACAAGUUCCGGCUGGUGAUCGCGACCACUUUGCGCGAGGACGGCUACCCGGACGACGGCGAGUACAACCCGGCCGACACGGGCCCUUCCCGCGCGGACAGCUUCGAGUGCGUCAUGUACGGCAAGAUCUACCGCAUCGAAGGGGACGACAUCACGGGCGAGACCACGAGGCUUGCGGCGUACGUGUCCUUCGGGGGCCUGCUGAUGCGCCUGCAAGGUGACCCGAACAACUUGCACGGCUUCGAAGUGGACAACCACGUGUACCUGCUCAUGAAGAAGAUCGCCUUCUGAGGGACCGGCUGGCUCGUCUUUUCACUAAAGGACACUGCCUCAUCAUCCACAUUACAUUGACAGAAUAAUUCCCAAAAUGCACUAUUCUGCUGUAAUUAAACUGCAUCACAUCCUCUGUG